AUGGAUAAUUUCAACCUCACGACCACCAUCCUGCUCCCGGCGCUUCUUGUCGCCGGGGUGACCAUGUUCAUUGUUUUUAACGCUAACGACGGCAUCUUCGACAAGAUUAUCGACGAUAUCUCUAUUAAGACUACGCCUAGUACAGAUAACAUACCUCUAACCCGCGAAUGGACCGGCAACACCGUAUUUGACCAGCUAUUCGCCGUGUUUCUAAUACUCGCCCGGCAGCUGCUCGGUGGCCGCCACCCUGCUGGCACCCUGCAUACCCUGCACUUCUUCGGUCAGAUGGGCGCCUGCUGGACUCUAAUGCAGCUGGAAGCGAAGCGUGAAGACAACAAUCGCCGUAUUUUCGAGUGCACCACGCUUAUCAUCCUGCUCUACCCGAACGUUUCCUUCGCCAUAACCAUCCCGCUCUGGUGCAUCCUCCACCUACGCACCCUCCCGCGCACCAACUCGGCCACCCUCACCGUCAACCUCUGCCUCCCCGCCACUGAAGCUCGCAUCCUCCCUUGGGCUAUGACGCUCGGCUACGUCCUCCCCAUCCUCGCCAUGGCCUUGUCCCUUUCUCGCGCCCUCGCCCAGCAGUUCUGGCUGCUCUUCCCGCUCUUCCCGUUCUGGGUCUACCUCGCCAGCAACUCCGUCCUGCGCCCACUCUUCGGCGCCGGCACCAGUAUGACCCCAAGGCCACUGUUGUCGUUGCCGCCAGCGGCAUCUUACCACGCCACCACGACGCCCCACCUCUUCGCUCUCCUACUCGCCACCAUCACGCACACCGCCACCCUCUCCCUCUCCCUGUCCGCCCUCCUCUUCCCCGCCCUCUUCCACCCCGAGAUGGCCGUGUCCCUCCACCCCGCGGCUGUCUUCCUGCCAAAGCUGUCGCUCGCCGGCGCGACGGAGGUGGAGUUGGCAGAGGGCGCGACGCGUUUUCUGCAGUGGGAUGGAUAUAUUAGUAGUAUGGCGAGCGUUGUAUGGGCGGCGACGGUGUAUUUGCAGGAUACGCGAGUGAAAGGGGGGAGGAGGUUUGGAGUGUGGGGCGUGCUGGUGAGGGCGGUGGGGUGGAGUGUUCUGGGAGGACCGGCGGCGGCGGCGGUGGGGUUGGUUUGGGCGAGGGAUGAAGUUGUACUUGGGGCGGAGGUGGGAGGGAUGGGAGGAAUGAGCUUCUUGUAG